CCGAAUGAAAAAGAAAGCGAGAGUGGGUAGGCCGGGGCCCCGGCCUUCUGCCUCCUUCAUCCUCCCCGUUUAACUGCUCCUCUUCCGCCGUUCUGCUUCUUCGGGGGGAGAAAGAAGGAGGGAGAGAGAAAGAGAGGGAGUGUCUGUGUGUAACUGCGUAUGUGUGUCUUGUGUUUCCCGCCGAGGGCAGCAGUCGGAUUGGAGGAUCUGGACUCGGAAGGGAAAUGAGGCGGUGCGUAGGCGCCUAUGCGCCCGAAUCUGAACGAGAGGAGGGUAUCGCUGUGAGCCCGCCGGAUGAUGAUCGCCCGAUCAGCGAUCGGAGGAAGGAACCGUGCGUUGAUGAUGACUCCAGGUGCAGCAGUACCAGCUCCACCAGCAGCUCGUCGAUUGGUCGGAACAGCAGCUCUGGUGCUGGAUCCCGCUCCUCCGACGGCGAGGAUGGCGGCGAACCGGAGGUGCAGAGCUCGUACAAGGGCCCGCUCGAUGCCAUGGAUUCUCUUGAACAGUCCUUGCCCAUCAGGAAGGGGAUCUCGAAAUUCUACUCUGGUAAAUCGAAAUCGUUCACUAGCCUAUCGGACGCCGCGGCGGCCAAGGAUUUGACGAAGCCGGAGGACCCUUACAACAGAAAGAGGAAGAAUCUUCUUCUCAUGAGCAACAUUUGGCAGAGGAACCACCAUAUCGGCCAGUCUUUACGGAGUUCCGGGAGCGGUAUCUCGAAGAGGCAAGCCAAUUCCUGCCGAUGCUUGGUCACGCUCGCCGAUACUAUGAGCAGCUCGGAGAAGGAGGUGGCUAACGGCGGAGAUGAGAAGCUCCGGCAGCAGUUACCCCCACUUCCUCCUGGUGGGAUGUCUUCGUCUCGUGCCGGCAACCACGGUAGCAACACGUCGCCACCGCAGUGGUCUUUGGCGUCUAGAUCGUUCUCUUUGGUCGAUUUACAGGGGUUGACCUCAUCAGUGUGCUGCCCGGAGAAGCAAAAUAACGCCGUUCAUUGAUCGUGGGAUCUCAACCGUGGUGAUUUGCGGCACUUUUUCGAGUCUUAAAGUUGCAGAUUUCCCAUCUCUAUAUACCUUUUGAGGCCAUGGUUUAGGUCCGGAAAGAACUGUUGGGGGUCCUCGGAUUUAUUACCAACCAGAAUCUGCACCAGGAAUCAACUCUACAAUAAGCUUUGGACGUCAGAAGCUAUACAAACACGCCGAACACUAAACGACAGAAGAGGCAACAGAAAAAAACUUCCAGGGGAACCUCAUUCCGCAAACGGAAUUUCGUUCUUUCUCCUCCUUCAAAGAUUUGGAUUUAGUUUUUCAACUUAUGAUUCAAGAUCUUUUUCUUUUUU